UAAAGUAAUUAAUUUUUUUUGGAAAAGAUUGAAUGAUCGAAGUCGCAUCUGACUGUGAGAUGAGUUGUGCGUAGCUCCACUCCAAUGGUGGCUUGGCUUCACAAUGUCGACUUCUUCUUCUUCUUUUCCUAGCUUCCCUCGCACCAUCGUCUCCUACACUGUCACAACUUCACUCUUUAUCGUUAUCUUCUUAAGUAGCGUCUUCCUCUUCACUAGACGCACUCUCGAACCUUCUCUCGAACUUUACCACGCCGCCGACAUCCCUCUCUCCGCCGCCGAUCCACCCCCUCCCACGCCCCGCCUCUCUCAAAUCGAGGAUCACGAUGGUGACGUCACUGUGAAAGCAAAUCCAAAGGAGGAAGGCGAUUCGCGCAGCGGCGAUGACGUAGCGGUGGCGGUCGAGACUGAGGUGAAACUGAAAGAUGUGGAAGAUUCCCGCAAGGCGAAAACUGAGCCGGAAAAAGAAGGAGGAGGAGGAGGAAAAGAAGAAUCUCGCGUCGAAGGUAAUGUUGAAUCUGUGGAGCAGGCGGUGGUUGAGAAGAUGAGAGGCUGCGAUUUGUACAGGGGAUCUUGGGUUAAGGACGAUGAUGAAUAUCCAUUGUAUCAGCCUGGAUCGUGUCCUUAUGUGGACGAAGCUUUUGAUUGCCAGAGGAAUGGGAGGCGUGAUUCUGACUAUCUCAAUUGGAGAUGGAAACCUGACGGUUGUGAUCUUCCACGGUUUAAUGCUACAGACUUCUUGGUGAAGCUACGAGGUAAAAGUUUGUUGUUGGUUGGAGAUUCUAUGAACCGUAACCAGUUUGAAUCAAUGCUUUGCGUUCUCCGAGAAGGUUUAUCCGAUAAGAGUAGAAUGUACGAGGUUUAUGGCCAUAAUAUUACAAAGGGGAGAGGCUACUUUGUAUUCAAGUUUGAAGAUUACAAUUGCACUGUAUCGUUUGUGAGGUCACAUUUUCUUGUGAGGGAAGGAGUUAGAGCUAAUGCUCAAGGAAACACUAAUCCGACUCUUUCGAUUGAUCGCAUUGACAAGUCACAUGCUAAAUGGAAGCGUGCUGACAUUCUUGUCUUUAACACUGGACAUUGGUGGGUUCAUGGAAAGACCGCCAGAGGGAAAAACUACUACAAAGAAGGUGACUACAUCUAUCCGAAAUUUGACGCGACUGAAGCAUACAGAAGGUCGUUAAAGACUUGGGCAAAAUGGAUUGACGAGAAUGUGAAUCCCAAAAAGCAGCUUGUAUUUUAUCGCGGAUACUCCUCUGCCCAUUUUCGGGGAGGUGAGUGGGACUCGGGAGGCUCGUGCAAUGGGGAGGUGGAACCAGUAAAGAAAGGUUCAAUCCUGGAUUCCUAUCCUUUGAAAAUGAAAAUAGUCGAAGAAGCAAUAAAGAAAAUCCACAUUCCUGUGAUUCUCCUAAACGUGACUAAGCUGACUAAUUUCCGCAAAGACGGACAUCCGUCAAUCUAUGGUAAGACCAACACAGAAGGUAAAAAAGUGUCCACACGGCGACAGGAUUGCAGCCACUGGUGUCUGCCAGGAGUUCCCGAUGUUUGGAACCAUCUUAUAUACGUGUCUUUGCUCCUGCAACCACAUUCCUAAGCUCAUACAUCAACAAAAUUAGAUUAGACCAAAUUCAGUAGUCUUCCCUGUUAUUUGCAGUGACAUUAAAAUUUUGUGUAAUUUAUCGCUCUUGGAGCUGAGAAGUAGUUUUUUUAUUUUUUUU